CCCAAUAUCGCAGCACAACAGCAGACGAUUAUGUCGAUGAUCUCGGCCGUGUUGGAGGACUUGGAGCCUGCAAGCACAGAGGCCAUCAGCGCAGACAUCACAACACAGGCAGCAUCGGGGACGACGCCACAAGAGGUGCACUUUAUCGUAGCCCAGGAGCUCGACCGAAGAGGGGACACACAGGCCGCCAUCACCGCGUAUGAGGAUUUCAUUGAAGCGGCGGCGGAGAAUGAGGACCUGAUGGCGCAGGUGCACGCAUAUCGACGCGUGGCACAAUUGCACAGGCAGCGGCGCGAGAUCCGCCAGGCCAUCACCGCGUAUCAGCACAUGCUGUCUUUGGCGCAGGAGGCAAAGCAGAUGCCGCUCAUAUGCGCUGCCUACGGACAACUUGGCAGCCUAUACCUGCUCAUGGCACAGGAGACCUCGCAGGAAAAGGGCGGGGACGGCGUGCAGCGGGAGCAGAACGAGGAGCGGCUGCUGUCAGAGUCGCUGAAUAGCUACACGAGCCUCCUCACCAUCGCCACGACAAUACACGACCGCAGGGCCAUCACACAGGCGCGGCGCGGGCUCGGGCUCGUGCACGCGGCGAUGGGCGACUGGGCGGAGGCGCGCGUGCAGCUGGAGAGGCACCUUGCCGGGUGCAAGCAGGUGGGCACGCCACGACAGCAGGCGCAGGCGUGCCAUCUCCUGGCCGAGGCGCUGGGCACCAUUGUAUCCUCGGCGAUCGACACGGCAAUGGGGGCGACGCGUGCGCUGUUCCACAAGCAGGUGGAGCUGAGGUGGCAGCAGGCAGCCAUGGCAACCGAGGCAAACGACACGCUCCUCCUCAUCCAGGCAUAUGUGCGCCUUGGGGACCUGUAUGCCAACUCUGGGAGCUACACACAGUACUAUGGGGCGGGCAAGGCGCGGGAGUGUUACCAGCUGGCGCUGGAUGCGGCAAAGGGGGUUGACUUGGCGGCGUUGGGGAAGGAGGGGGCGGACGCUGUGAGGCGCGCGGCCGAUCAUCUGGACAAGCUCUCCUCCUCCUCUUGCUCCAUCAGCUAGCAUAUAUGCGUAUUGUGUAUUUGUGUAUUUGUGUUUGUAUGUGUGUGUGUGUGUAUGUGUGUGUAUUUCUCUGUGUCUGUAUGUGUGCGUUUAUGUCUGUCCCUGUCUGUCUGUCUGUCUGUCUGUCUGUCUCUCUCCCUCCCCCUGCGUCAACGCUUUGGACCGUCCUUUGUUCACGCGCACCAUUCCACCACGUUGUGUCGCUAAUUGGGCUGCUGUGCGAUCGUGGAACUGCUUGCGAUGAUAUGGCAGUGCACACGUUGCUGGUGUCUUUUGCCAUUUGUUUGGUGUGUACAUAGCCUUUGAGCACCAUCCGUGCAACUUGCCAUCCCUCGUUCUUCGCCUUGGUUCGCCACAAUUGCCAGCACCACCGCCCUUUGAUAAACGCAAACUCGUAUUGUGCCAAUGCACGAGCUCAGCGUUUCCUUCAGCACCCCCCUCCCCGAACCCAACUCUCGUUCAUGUCAG